UUCAUGGAGCAAUAAUUGCUGAGUUGGUGAUGAGGUGGUUGUCAUUUAAUUAGGUUGCAUGGAGCAAUAAAUAAGUAGUCCGAUCAUUACACUUAUGUUGAUUUAAAGACAUACUAGUGUUGUUCUUUCAGUGUCUUUGUUAUCAAUGGAGUAUACUCUGCCAGCAUCCUUCCUUUUCUUGCUUCCAUUCUUCUUACUCAUCCUCAAACAAUUCAUACCAAAAUCUCGAAAUCUUCCACCAGGACCUCGACCAUGGCCAGCAAUAGGAAAUAUUCUCCAGAUUGGGAAAAAGCCUCAUAUUUCCAUGGCAGAAUUUGCAAAAAUUCAUGGCCCCUUGAUUUCUGUAAGGCUGGGAACUCAGCUGGUUAUCGUUGCUUCAUCCCCUGAUUCUGCAACCGAAAUCCUCAAGACUCAAGAUCGUCUGCUCGCAGCACGGUCUGUGCCUAAAGCUGCUCCAUAUGAACCCUCUAAUAUUGAUCAACACUCAAUUAUCUGGUCCAGUGAUUUGACCAAUCACUGGAAGUUCCUACGGGCAUUUUGUCGGACACAUUUGUUCUCGCCCAAAGCGAUCGAGUCACAGGCUGCUAUGAGGGAGAAAAAAAUGUCUAAAAUGAUAGAAUUUCUAAGGUCCAGGAAAGGGAAAACAGUGAAGAUUUCUGAAAUUCUGUUUGGUACGGUUUUGAACACGUUGCGGAACCUUUUCUUUUCAAGCGAUUUAUGUGAUUUGGAUUAUGAAGGGAACACCAGUGGGAUCAAACAUGUUAUUAGAAAAUAUGUAGAAUUGGGAGCUAUGCCAAAUAUAUCGGACUUCUAUCCUGUAUUUGAUGCUCUGGAUAUGCAGGGUUUGAGAAAGCAGGCUAAGAUAUAUCAGGAUCAAUUGAUCAACAUCUGGAGUGAUUUUGUGAAGGAAAAAAGGCAGGCAAUUAAUCGUGAAAAUCAAGAUUUUUUGGAUGUCAUGAUUGAUGGUGGAUUCUCAGAUUUAAAGAUCAAUAUGUUAUUGAUAGAACUAAUCGCUGCGGGUAGUGACACUACUACCUCAACAAUUGAAUGGGCAAUGGCAGAACUGCUAAGAAACAAGGACGCUAUGCACAAACUUCGAGCUGAGCUCCGAAGUAAGAUAGGGGGCAAAGAUAUUAUCACAGAAUCAAACAUCAGUGAACUUCCAUACUUGGCUGCUUGUGUAAAGGAGACAUUGCGAAUCCAUCCGGCUACACCCUUUUUGAUUCCUCGUCGUGCUCCUGAGACGUGUAAGAUUAUGAAUUACACCAUCCCAAAGAACUCGAGGUUGUUUGUGAACGGUUGGGCAAUAGGGCACGACCCUAAGACGUGGGAAGAUCCAUUAUCUUUCAGGCCCGAGCGAUUUCUUGACUCCAAUGUGGACUUCAGGGGUCAACAUUUUGAGUUUAUACCAUUUGGUGCAGGUAGGAGAAUAUGCCCUGGCUUACCCUUUGCUAGACAACAGGUUCACUUGAUUUUAGCUAGUUUGAUCCAUUACUUUGAGUGGUCACUUCCCAAUGGUGAGGAUCCAAUGCAGUUAGAUAUGGAAGAGAAGUUUGGUGUUACUCUACAGAAAGAAAAACCUCUACUAGUUGUUCCUAUAUAACAUGUAUCAUUUUUUCUCCAUAUAUAAUAUGUACCUUCAUUAACUCAUGAAAACUAGUUACCCGAAAUUGGUGAUUCCUUACUGUCUUU